UUCCCAUAGCAACCAAUCAGAUUGCUUCUUUUAUUUUCAAAGAGGCCCGUGAAAAAGGAAAAAAAAGUGACCUGAUUGGUUGCUAUGGCAACUGCACCACUCUUUCUCUACACUGGUUUUGAUAAAUCUCCCCCAUAUAGUUAUUUCAGUGCUGGUACUUCCUAGUAGGGGCUCACUGGGAAUCAUCGAUGUGCAUUAGAAAGAGGGGAUGUCAUAAAAGGAUCAAACUAGGCCCCACAAUAAUCUUUUUAUUUUAGGUGCAUUGAAAAAAAUGAAAAGGAGGAUAGAGCAUUUUCUUUUCUCAUUAAGAUGCUGUGGAAGUGGUGUGGGACAUGAAAGUAAUUUUGUACAGGGUGCCAGCUAACCAAAGACUGAGCCUACAAAAAAAGUCUUAGUUUAGCCUAAUACGAGGACUACUCUGAGAACUACUCAGUGCUAGUAGUGAGCUACAGCUGCAGUCCAGAUCUGAUGAGAAUAACAGAAAAUGGAUUUAAGAAGUUUUAUGAUAAGUAUUUGGACAAUGUGGCAAUGUUUUCAUUUACAUCUGUGCUGCAACUUUCAUGAGCUUGAAUUUGGCUUGGAGGUAAAAAAUCUGUCACUUACAAUCAAGAAUAAAGAAGCUUUAUUGAUUUGGGACUGUGAUGUUUCCAUGAAAAACUGUCAUGACAUUUCAUAUGAAAUCUACCAAGAUGAGGAGUUCAUACAAGAUACACAGGUAUGCGGGAAAGAGAUAGCGGUAUAUCUGAAGAAUGACCUCCCCAGUACAGUUUGUUUCCGGGUGACUCCACUGUACAAUGACGAACCUCUAAAUGCUUCAGAAAUUUGUCUUGAUAAAGGAAGAAUUGAGAUGGCAGAAAAUGUUGACUGCAUAGUUUACAACACAUCCUCUAUGAAAUGUUCAUGGAACUAUAGUGAAAAUGUACCCCAUAACACCGAGUACACGCUUUCUCUAGAACAAUCCACGAUCAUAAACUGCCAGCAAUACAUACGUGAUCUGGAAAUGAGGAUGGACAGCUGCUUUUUUCAUGAUUUACGUCUAAAUUUUUUUACGGAUGUAUUUUUUAUUUUGAAAAGAGACGGGUUUAAUGUUCUCAAGGAUAAAUUCAAACUUGCAGAGAAAGAAUUCCUCAAUCCACCAUCAAAUCUUACAGUGAAAUAUACUAAAGAAAAUGUGAUAUUGAACUGGAAAAGUCCCCAUACACAGUAUAAUGUUAGUAAAUCAUGCUUCAUAUACCAAUUGGAAAAGAACAAGGAGUUAAUUUCCAGUGUCGCCAAUCCACCAUUCCAUUCACACUUAGAAAAUAAAUGUUUGGUCAGAAUAAGAGCAAGAGGAGACGGUUGUGGAAUAAAUGCAAACUGGGGCCGGUGGAGUGAAGAGAUAUCUUGUGGUGCACCCCAUGAACCAUCUGACAAAACUGAACUUAUAAUACUGAUAACCUUAUUAGGUCUGUCUGGCCUUAUAAUCAUUCUGACAAUCAUGCUGAGCAUUUACUACAAUAGGAUCUCCAAAUUGGUCUUUCCUCGAAUUCCACAGCCAAAAAAUUAUUUUGAUGAAAUACAGGAUUACAACACAAAGCAAUUACAAAGUAGAACAUUUCAGGAUGACAGCUCUCACCAUCAACUAUUAUUUUUGUGAGUAGGACGGGGAGAAAAUGACCACCUUGCCACCAGGGAAACCAGCCCAAAUAUCAGGACACAGAUGUGUCCAUACACUAAAUGUAUCUUACUGGAAACCAGAAUUACAUACAGGCUGCCCCUACAGGAUUGUUUUUCUUCAUAAGGUUCACAUAGAAGAAAUGCUCAGCUAACCAGGGAAGACUAAUGUAUAAGAAUACAAAGAUGAAACACACACUUGCACUUACACUAUAUUGGCUGAAGUUUCUAUUUGUUUCUUUCUUUAGAAAUACUGAACACUGACGAAUGUAGAAUGGCCGAUUUCUGCAACUUCCUUUUUCUGGAUAACAGAUAGUUCCCUUUUUAUCCAAACCACAUAAGCUCUGCGCACAGUUACCGCACUUAUCGUUUCACAUGCACCCCACACCCAAGUGGUGCUGUACAUUGCACAAUAUAUCUUCAUAUUUUACACGAGAUUAGAAUACUAUAAUUUCUUAACAUAAAUCACACAUUGCUGUAUCCUGUCUAAUGGAAACCCUAGGGCUUUGGUCACUGUCAAAUCACGUGAAAGGCCAUUAUAACAAAGCACUAGGCAUAAACCCAAUAACAAGAGCCCUGUUCAGUAUAAAAAAGUUCAGGUUUUGCGCCUAUAUGUAUCUUUCCCCUCCGUUUAUAUACCGUAUAUAAAAAAGAAAGAAUUGCUGACUGAUUCAUAAAAAUGUACAGUUAUAGCAGUUUCAAGAGAUACUCCUCUUUUUAAUAUACUAUACCGAGAAUACAUACAUUUAAUCGCUUAGACCUGAACAAAUGCAGAAAAAUACAAACAGAUAUUAGUUUUACAAUGAUACUAAAUGAUCACAAGGAGCUUCCAACAAAGCAGAUUCCUAGCACUCCCGACUAGCAGCUUUUUUUUUUUAAACAUAUCAGUAUAGGCUGGCAUUUAUCAGUGUCUACACCUUUUUUUCCCCAUCUACAUUUGGCGCUAUUUUGGCGCUAGUGUCUAUUUUUGCGCCUUUUUGUUUACACAUUUCUGCUGAUUUUGGGUAACAAUCCACUGAUUUUUAGUCUAUGCAUGAUAUUGAAGGGAUUAACUGCGCCUUUUGUCAAAUGGUGCAAAAAAGGCGCAAAACACCAAAAAGUCUCUAAACUACACCAGCCCAGACUUGGCUUAGCUUAGCUUUUUGGUGUAUGUGAAGAGAGGAAUUUCAGAAAAUGUGACCUGCACAACAUUUAUCAAAUGCCCUGUAACCAUUUAAUAAAUUUGGUGCUCCUACACAUUACCAGCACACAAAAAAAGGUGUCGAAAAAUGCUUUACUUACACCUACAAUGAUAAAUGCCCCCCCCCCAUAAU